AUGGCGGCCGCAGCGACCGAGGAGGACACGGAGCUGCGGGACCUGCUGGUGCAGACGCUGGAGAGCAGCGGGGUGCUCAACAAAAUUAAGGCAGAGCUACGAGCUGCUGUGUUUUUGGCGCUAGAAGAACAAGAGAAAGUAGAGAACAAAACGCCUCUGGUGAAUGAAAGUUUGAAGAAUUUUUUGAGUACAAAGGAUGGUCGCUUGGUAGCUGGUCUCGUUGCAGAAUUUCUACGAUUUUUCAAUCUUGACUUUACAUUGGCUGUUUUUCAGCCUGAAUCGAGCACACUAAAUGGCCUUGAUGGUCGAGAAAACUUAGCUCAAGAUUUGGGAAUUAUAGAAGCAGAAGGUACUAUGGGUGGUCCCCUCUUGUUGGAAGUUGUUAGAAAAUGUCAGCAGAAAAAGAUUUCAGGCACAGAAGAAGUGGCUCCAGGUUUAAAUGAUAGUGUGUGCUUGUCAUCAAAAUCAUCUGAUGGAAGAUCAAGUAUACACCCUGUACCAAGUAAGGUUUCUGAAACCACACGAAGUGAUACAAGUGUCUCAUCAGGAGAAGCAACCAAAAGUAGCAUUCAUUUUCUGCCUAAUGAAACAAAGUUAGAUCCUCAACUACAAAACAAAGACUUAAAUACCAAAGAAAAAAGUGAUCCAGGUGUGGAUGAGGAUGAUGUAGAGGGAGAUUCCUUUUUUGAUGAUCCCAUACCCAAACCAGAAAGAACUUAUGGCUGGAAAACUGAAUCCAAUAAAGCAGGAGGUUUAGCAUCUCUUUCUGAUGUACCACCUUUAAAAAGUGGGUUAAGCUCCUUGACUAGUACACCUUUGCUAAAGGAGCCUGAUGAUUUGAACAGAAACUCUAUUUUGAAAGACCUGCGGUUAGUGAAUGCAAAACUCGGAUCUCUAGAAUUAGGAAAUGGAGAUGAAGACGAGUAUGUGGAUGACUUCAACAGUACUAGUCAUCGCUCAGAAAAAAGUGAUAUCAGUAUUGGUGAAGAAAUAGAUGAAAUUUCUGUGGAAACAGAAGACUUGAAUGCCAGUGAUAAACUUGAAGACAUCACACAGGACCUUACCAUUUCUCAGUUAAGUGAUGUUGCAGAUUAUCUAGAAGAUGUGGCAUAGAGUUGGACCGCAAAAAGGUUUCAUUGUGUUGGAUUGGAAGACUCUUGUGGACUGUUAAUUUCAGACAAUCAUUUUUGCUGGAAUGUCCACUUCCUAUUUGUGCCUUGUGUUUCAAAAAGACUGUUGGUGGAGAGGGCUUUCAAAUAUUCUUCACAAGAACUAAAUGAAACAACGUGUUCCCAUUUGAGUCUAAUAUCGGAAUUAUUUUUUUCAUUUGAUUCAGCCACACUUUUCACACCAUAAGUUGAAUUUUCCCAACAGAAUGCCCACUGCUGGCAGUGGGCAUAAUAAUCCUGUCUAUAAGAGAACAUCUACACAGAAGCAUGUGGCUUUAUAAUGAACUUACACUGUUAUUGUAACAGUCUGAGUUUUUUUGUCGUUGUUGGUUUUUUGGGUGUUUUUUUAAGAUAACCAAAGCAAGAACCUUCAGACGUAGUGCUUCAACUUACACUUCUGUUAACUCAAUUUUGUCAAGGCAGCAUGAGUUACAUAAUUUAUGGUAAAUUUAUCCAGAGUACUUAAUUGCUCCAGACUUACUUGAAACUGCUGUUUUUCAGAAUUUUCUGAAAGACUUUUUUUUCUAAAAAGGCAUAUCAAGUCGAGAGCAUCUAAACUCACAAAUCUAUUCAGAGGAGCUGAAUUUUCAUGUUAAUCUUAGUAACUCAGAAUAUUCUUGUUUAAAUAUAUUUGUCAGACCAUUGAUGUUAAGACCUAAGCUGUUUUUAUGUAUAAUUUCAUCAAUGUUAACAGUUGUUAAAUUGUAUGAAGUAAUUCUGUAAGGAUCCACAAAUUAUUUAUACACAACAUUAAAAACAGGACAAAAACACAAGAAAAUUUGUUAAUGAUUUGUGGAGCUUUUAUUAUUGAGAGCUCUUCAUUUGCUGUUGGCUCACUUUCAUUCUUUAAAAUCCUUGUAAUGUAAAAAUGAGCACCAAAAAGCGUGAAACCACUAACCUUCUGUUUUUCAGAUUCUGACUACUGUAUACUUUUAAAUCCAAUUAUUUAAAAAUACCAUACCGAAGACAUUAUGCACACUAAGUUCUAGUUAAGAGCAAAUUUUUCUGUUUUCAUUAUGCCCUUGAAAAACAGGGUUGGUAAUGGAAACGUUGACAGUUCCUUAACAAUACUGUUGUGCUUGGCGCUGCUAUAAUAUAUAGGUCAUGGACAUUUGUAAUACUGAAACAAGACUUCAAAAUGAGCACUUUCUGAAAAUUGUGAACACGUUUGUUGGAAAAUAUACAUGUAAGUGAAUAUAAAUGACUUAAUCACUUUCUUAAGCUUUGUACUUUUGUUUCAGGAAAACUGUUAGCCUCUCAUCAACGUCUCAGAAGUAGCAUGCUAAACUAAAGCCAUUGGUUAAGCAUAUAGAGCAGCUGCUACUAGCAUUGGACACAGACUUAGAUCUUUUUUGCACAGGGCCAGCAGGCAUGGAGCAGUGCUGGAAAGUUAUGCUUGUACAGUACAUAUAUCAUUUGAAAGGAGAGAGGAAAUGUGUGCCUUUUAUUUAUGUGCACCCCAAAAUAGCCAGCAAAAAGCAACAAAGUAUUAGUCAAGAUGUUAACUUCUUUUUUUGUGCCAUAUUGUAGUAGCUGAACACAGGACAGACUUUUAUUUUUCUUACUCCAAAAAUCUAUGUGCCAUAGACUUCAAAGAGCAAAAAUUUUGUAACAUAUGAUACACCUUGUGUAUAAAUCCCUGUAAGUGUAGGAGAACUUGUGCCUCGAGGUAUUAUGUGUAAGUUUGUUUUGUUUUGAUUUUUUUUUUUUUUUUAAGGAGAGCAACAGCAUCUGAAGGAUAUUAGCUUCCACUUGAGCAUUUGAGAACAACUGCAUUUGUGACAUUACAUUUCUAAGGUGGAUGAAAUAGCAUCUCUGUUUGCAUUUUACAUGUCUCUGGGAAAACGUGAUGUUCCAUUGCCUGUUAGCUGUAUGAUUUGUGGCAGUUCGUUAUACCAAAAGAAUAUAAGUUAAUUAAAUGAUACCUAACUGCAUUUGAAGAUUAACUGCAUUUGAAGAUGUGGCCUUUUAAAUAACUGAUUAGAUAUUUUAAGUGUUAACAUGACUAUUAACAGCAAAGUGUUGUUCUCUUACCUUGGGGAUUAAUUGGAGACCUUGCACUUAGGUUCUAAUUUAAGCAAACACCAAAAAGUUGCAAGUCUCCAUACUGUUUAUCCUGUGGGCUUUUAUUCAAUUGUGUAUAAUAGUUCAAAUUGCAAAAUAAAGCUACUCUGCUGGCUAAA